AUGACUACCGAAUUGAAAGAGGACGAGCUUCUCGCCGCCGAAUUGAAAGAGGAGAUCCUCGCCGCCAAAUUGGAAAAACAGAAGAUCGAUGUAAUGGCUGACUCUCUUAUCCUAACUUUUUUUGGACAUGAUGGAGAACCUGGUAGCCGGUCAAAGCAAAGCAGAAGUGAGAAAAAGAGUCGUAAAGCGAUGCUGAAGCUUGGGAUGAAACCCAUCACUGGUGUUAGCCGUGUCACCGUCAAAAAGAGCAAGAAUAUCUUGUUUGUGAUAUCGAAACCUGAUGUGUUCAAGAGUCCAGCAUCAGAUACAUAUGUGAUAUUUGGUGAGGCGAAGAUAGAGGAUUUGAGCUCGCAGCUUCAGUCACAGGCUGCAGAACAGUUCAAGGCUCCAGACCUCAGCAAUGUGAUUUCAAAGGGAGAAACAUCGACUGGUGUAGCUGCACCCGCUGCUGAUCAGGAUGAUGAAGACGUUGACGAGGAGGGUGUGGAGCCAAAGGACAUUGAGCUGGUCAUGACCCAAGCAGGAGUGUCUAAGCCAAGGGCAGUUAAGGCUCUCAAAGCCGCUAAUGGAGAUAUCGUCUCUGCCAUCAUGGACCUUACCACCUAA